AUGCCGCUCUUUGUGGCCGCUGCAAUUGUGUGGAUUGCCGUGCCGCCGACCACAGGGACAGCGUCGACGAAAGCUUCAUCAAUGCCAGCUGGAGCCCAGACAGCGCUUUACGGCAGUUAUGGCAGCACAGGCGGUGCCAGGCACUACGAUAAUCGUUGGCGGCCAGUGGGCGAGAAGGAGGCCGUGUCAUCCAUGUCGGCCAUGCUGCAGCGCUACGGCUUGCGGUACGAUGGGGCGGCGGGCGAGCGCCGCAGCUAUAGGAGCGAUUCGUCUAGUUUGGGCGGACACGGCGGGGGCGGUGGUGGCGGUGUGGGAGCUGUGCUUAAUGGGCUCACAAAUCUCUCGGGCCUGGGACACAUUAGCAACGGCUAUGCCUCAGUGGCGCCCACGCACACCGAAGCCUUGGCAGCCGCCUCGUCAAAACAAGAGAUACCAAUUUAUGAGGAGCAGCACGAGGAUGCGGCCGUUGCGGCGCUGGCGGCGUCAGCCAGCGAUUACGGCGAUGCGGAGGCGGGUCGCAGCGGCCAGCACUCGGCGAUUUACAAUUUUCCAGCUGCUGGUGCUGAGCAUGCGGCUGGCUAUCUGCCGGCCUUCAGUGGAGCCGAGCAUGGGGCGUGGACGCCGUCAUCGCCGGCGCACUACCAGCAGCAGGCGGCGCAGGAGGCGGGCGGCGGCCAUUACGCCUAUGACAAAAUGUCGGUGGGGAAUUUUCUGAAUUCUGGCUACGACGCAUUCCAGCAGCACCAUGCCGAGGAGCAGCAGCACCAGCAGCAGCAACAGCUGCACCAGCAACAGCUGUUGGAGCACGCAUCCUAUUUCACACCUCACGAGACCGAGGGCGAGCCGUCAGCCGGAUCGGACUCAGCGGGCAGCGGCCCGGCCGACUAUGAGCAGCAAUCAGAGGGCGAUGAGCACGCCGGCAAUUUCCUAGCCGACUCCAGUGCUCACGAAGACAGCCACGGCCAGCAGCACCAGCACCACCAUCACGUGGAUAUCAUCAACUAUGUGCCGGUGAAGCACGUCAAGACGCAGCAUGUGCCCGUCGAGAAGCCUGUCAAAAUUCCGAUCUCCCAUGCCGUCAUCAUACCGAUCAAGAAGCCCGUGCCCAUCCACAUACCCAUCACCAAGCAGGUGCAGGUCGCCGUCGAGAAGGAGCUGAAGGUGCCGGUGGAGCGCCUGGUGCCCGUGCCCGUCGAGAAGCACGUGCCCGUGCCCGUAGAGAAGCGUGUGCCCUACACGGUCAUCAAGUAUCUGCCCAUCAAGGUGCCCAAGCCCUUCCCGGUGAAGGUGCCCGUGUUUAAGACGGUGCUGCACAAGGUCAAGAGCUGGUGGUAAUACCCGUUUACCGUUACUCCCAUUACU